AUGGAAGAAGAAAACCCACCUAUUAAACAAGAACCCAUAGAGGAAUUCGCUACACUCACACCGGAAAGAAAUCAUAGGCAGACGAUUCCCUUAAGGGGUCCCUCGGACAAAAUCAAGUUAGAACCCGAGAGAGCGUCGAUUCAUGAUUGGCUUUCCAAAUUACCAGCUUCUAAACAUGUCUUUGGGUCCACGUCCACUGUGACGACAAAUGAUGCGAACUUAUGCGAACCUGAUGAUGCAGGAACGGAGGCCAGCACCAGUGCGGCAAUUCCAAAGACAAAUUCCAAAACAAAACAAACAGCCAUUAGGUCGAUCCCCGCAAGUCACAAAAAAACGACAACGAAGACUAGACAACGUAGAAUUCUUAAAAAGUCGGUAAAAGAGACCAGCGGAGGUAGGGGCAAGGACGUGAACAAAUUAUCAUCAUCGGUCAACGAAGGUAUGGUCAAAACUAUAAAAAGGACAAGGAGAGUUAAAAGAAAGGAGGUUGAUUAUCGUGAACCUGCGGCUGCCGAGUCUUCCACGCCUAGAAAGAUGAACCUGGGAAAUGAGAAAGAACCCAAGAGAAUAAAAGAGUCGAAGGUAUUGGGUGAAUUGGAAUGCUCGGACGAAAUUCUGGAAAAAAAACGGGAAUUUCAAUCAUUACUCGAAUCAUUCGAUCAGAAGGCACUUGAUGCAUAUAAUGCAUAUGAAGAUCUUAUCAAGGAGCUCAAUAAGUCAGCUCCCGGUUUAAACAUUAUAAUUGAACCAUCAAAGAUGUAUAAUAAACAUUUUAUUCAUACAUUAAUGGGAUUUGAUGAAGAUGAGGAUCCCAAAAAGUUUACUGCCUUCUGA